ACCUGAAAGGCCAAAAAAAAAUAAAACAAUGGCAAAAAAAGCCUAUUUAAUUAAACAUAGACCUGGAAGGCUAAAAAAAGAUAAAACAAUAGCAAAAGAAACCCUUCUAAUUAAACAUGGACCUGGAAGACCAAAAAAUACUGAAACAAUAACAAAAAAUCAAAAAAUCAAAUAA